AUGAGAGGUGUCACAGUUCAAUAUUUAUUCUAUGCAUCCUUGAUAUUUGGGAUCUGGACAACUCUGUCAUAUAUAUAUAUUUACCAUAAUCAUGUGAGCAACUUGGAGACGAAAACCCAGGAGGCUGAAUUAAUUUGGUCCCUUGGAAAAAAAUUGCAACAGCAAAUUACCCACAGACCCCAGCAAAUCCCAAGACUGCGUAUGAGAUUUGAAAAGCCUGAUGAAGAUGAAACUGCAGGAAAAUUACUUUUUAAAUUGGGUAAGGAUUUUAACUAUUCAAACCCAGAAUUUAUUGAUGGACUUUUAAAAUAUGGAUUUAAUACCAUUCUCAGUAAAAGCUUGGGCAGUGACAGCGAGGUGCCAGAUACCAGGAAUAAAAUGUGUCUUCAAAAACGUUACCCAGCCAAGCUACCGACCGCCAGCGUGAUCAUUUGCUUCCACAAUGAGGAAUUUAAUGCCUUAUUUCGGACCCUGUCCAGUGUCGGAAACCUCACUCCACACUACCUCCUUGAAGAAAUUAUUUUGGUGGAUGACAUGAGCGACUUCGAUGAUUUGAAAGAAAAACUAGACCAUCACCUGGAAAUUUUUCGGGGAAAGAUUAAAGUAAUAAGAAACAAAAAGAGAGAAGGACUGGUCCGAUCAAGGCUGAUUGGAGCCUCUCGUGCUUCAGGGGAUGUUCUGGUGUUCCUGGAUAGCCACUGCGAGGUGAAUACUGCAUGGCUGCAGCCCUUGCUGCAUGCCAUUGCCAAGGACUCCAAAAUGGUGGUGUGUCCUCUGAUAGAUGUCAUUGACUAUAUGACCCUUGAAUACCAGUCUUCUCCUGUUGUAAGGGGUGCUUUCAACUGGCAUCUAGAUUUUAAGUGGGAUAGUGUUUAUUCUUAUGAGAUGGAUGGACCAGAAGGACCCACUAGACCCAUCCGGUCACCUGCAAUGGCUGGAGGAAUUUUUGCUAUAAACAGGCAUUAUUUUAAUGAGAUUGGACAAUACGACAAAGGCAUGGAUCUCUGGGGAGCAGAAAAUUUGGAACUUUCACUGAGGAUCUGGAUGUGCGGAGGCCAACUCUUUAUAAUCCCCUGCUCCCGAGUGGGACACAUCAGUAAGCAGCGCUUUUCAAACCAACCUGAGCUUGUAAAAGCCUUGACAUAUAAUAAUCUCAGAUUGGUGCACGUCUGGCUGGAUGAAUACAAGGAGCAGUUUUUUUUACAACAGCCUGGUCUAAAAUCUGUUGCCUAUGGAAACAUUAGUGAGCGUGUUGAACUAAGGAAACGAUUGGGUUGCAAAUCAUUUCAGUGGUAUCUGGAUAAUGUCUUCCCAGAAUUGGAGACAUCUAAGGGCAGCCUAUGA